UGGACUACGUCACUAAGGAGUCAUGUGAGAUAUGCGCACGCAGAUCGAGGAAUCAGUUGCCCGCGUAGUCUUCGAGCGAACGGUUGUUUUUAUCGAAUAAAAUCUCAACAAAGGAGCGAAAAUCAUGGCAUCAGAUGACGAAUUGGAAAGACGGCUAUUGGAAGAAGAGCCAAGCGGUAUGAAAGAAGCGACACCACCAGGGAUAGCAAUGCCAGAAGUGUUGGCUAGUCUCGUCGACAAAGUAGAGAAAAUGUCAAGCAAAAUUAUCAACCUGGACAGUUCCAUUAAACGGUUGCAGUCCGACAGUCAGGAUCCUUGCUUGAACGAAGGACCAAGCAAAAAACGAGGUGUAACUUCACUAAUGGAAAUAGACAAAGGUUACACUGACGGUGAUGCAGAAGGAUUGCAUCGAGAAAGUGAACCUGAUGCCGACUCGGCAAAUGAAGGUAGUAUAAGCGCCACAUGUGUUCGACGCGAACAUGACGCUCUGCUACAAGAAAUCUCGCACGACUUGGAGCAAGAAGAGGAGGUUGGCGACAAUAUAAACCAGCAACUUGCUGAUAUUGUCAACAAACGAUGGUCAAACAAGCUCCCAGAAGCAAAACAAAAAGAAAAAAUGGAAAAGUAUUCAAGACCAAGUAAUUGUGAAAAAUUUAUUGUCCCUCGCGUUAACGCUGAGAUAUGGGACAAGCUUGACAAUAAGACCAAGCACAACGACCUUCGCACUGCUAACACGCAGAAAACAAUAGCGAAGGUUGGCGCCGUACUGUCUUUCACGACAGACAAAUUGCUACAAAUACGUAGUAAAGAAUCACCAGACGUUGAUAAACUGAUCACAAUGAAUACCGAUGCCUUGGCACUUCUUGGCCACACAUGUGUGAUAUCAAUGCGUCGACGCGACGCUAUUAGGCCAAAUUUAAACAAGGAUUAUAGCAGCCUUUGUGCAUCACAUGUGCCAGUAACGACUUACUUGUUUGGGGAUAACCUUCAAACACAACUAAAUGAUAUUAGGGCAUCGAACAAGAUCAGCAAGGCAACAGUGCCUCAAAGGUUUGAUAAGGUCAGGCAGUAUGGCCGCCCUCACUCUCAUGGUACCAACAAUUCCUCCUCACAGGAAAACCAAGAAAGAACCAUUUUUAUCCAACAAUCUGAAUUGGAAGAAACACCCACCAAGGUCGACAUACCCAUCGAAAAAGCCAUCAACCUUUCCAGUCAAGCAGCAACAAUACCAGUAAUGGCCAAUAGUGAAAGAAACAAAAUAUCAUGA